AUGGUGACGGCCCGUGGGGAGUGUGCCUGCGCCUGGCGCUGUGACCGGAAGUGCACCCGCAGGCCCGGCGCUGACUGCCCCGCAGUGCUCCGCUCGGAGUCAGCGCCGCGGGUACGUUGCUCUUCUUUGGCCCCUUCUGGAAGCCACGGCCUUCGCGGACCUCUGACCCGGCAGCAGCCCGGGCUGCCGUUGGCGGUGAGUGACGCGCGGCUGUUGCGGUUACCCGCUGGGCGUCUUGGCUGCCCGCGUGCCUGUUGCUCUUGGAUCCCGAAGACGCGGGUGGGGUCACGGUCAUGCUGGGCAGAUGGUCUGGAAUGGUCCCCAGGGUGCGAGCUGCUGGGCGAGGGCAGAGGUGGCUCAGUCUCCUCCCGGAACGGCUCCUUGUUCCCGUCUGUUUGCUUUUUGAGGGCCCAGCCGCCCUGCUCCAGACGUCAGAGACUGUUGAUGGGAGGAAAGAGAGCGAAAUGUCCAGCGUCAUGGAGUUCUUCAUUGGAACGUGUGCUAAGCCCUGGCACUAAGAAUAAGGAGGUGAGCAACCAAGAACAACACUGCAGGAAGGGCCGGACUGCUGGUGUCGGGGAGUGGCAGUGGAUUCCACAGGACCCUCAGGGAGCCUGGAUGUUUGAUGUCUACAGAAAGGCUGCUGGGCGUGUGAAUUCCAUACGAAGCGUGUGUACAUCUCCCCAUGUGGGCAUCCCAGUGUUUGGAGGGGAGUCGAUGUCUCUCUUUUUUCCUUGUCAUUGUUUGAACGCAACAGGAUACAAAUUCACAAGGAACCCUCAGAAGAAGGUUAGCAGCGUGUACCCAUUUCCUGUUAAGGAGGCUGUAGGAAAGGAGUUUGGGAAAGUGUGUGUGCAUGUGUGUGUGUGUGUGUGUGUGUCCUGGGCCUGUGGCCCAAUGAUCCACAGCUUGCUUCAUGAUGCCAGUUUUAUGCCUGCCUACCCAAAUCGUGUAGACACAAAAGAAACCCCCAGGGCCAUGGGAACCCUGCACUACCCCCAGACCAGCCCCUUUCUGGGAUAAGGGAUGCCAUGCAAUGUGAGAUUGUGGAAAGUCAGUUUCCAGAUGCUCUCCCCUGAGGUCAUUGAAGGGCAGAUCUUGGUGACGUGGCACUUUUGCUGCAUGUGACACUUUUCCUGGCUCGCAUCAAUGCUCAGAUUAGGUGUCCGACCCCAGGACGGGCUGUCUGGUCAUUUUUUGGUCCUCUGCUCCCCAAACAGAAGCUCUUUAAUAGUUGACUCCCUGCAGCAGAGGAAGAUGUACUUCCCAUUUGCAGUGCUGUUUGCCUUUGUCAUUUCGGAGCUCACCUAUUUGGAAGGUCUCUUCCUCAGCUUCCCUUCCCCCUCCUCUUUCCCGCUGUCAAACUCUUCUGCCAAAAACAAAAAUAGCUUCUGAUUUUUCAUUUGUAAGGCAUCCAUGUCCUAGUAAAACUUUGGCAUCUGAGGUAUGUGCAGUGCCAUUGGCUGGAAAUGGGGCUGCACUGUUGUGCGUAUUGCAGGAAUUCCGUCAGGCCGGCUCCAGGAGGUGUCAGUGCCUGUCAGGGCUGAGUGCUGUGACAGGAGCCAUGAAGAAGCCCUACUUGAACCGGAUCAGGCCUGCAUGGUUGUGUGGUAUGCAUGGCCAGUGUGGACUUGGCAUGGUAUCCUGUUCAAACUUCAGGUGCUCUCUCACACACCCCCCCCCACACACACAGAAUCUUGAUGGGGCAGUUGCCCUGUUUUGGGCACUUUUAUAAGGGAGACAGGUUCUGGGCCUCUGGAGACAGCCUGGUGCUUGUCCGUCCUUCUAUAGAGAGAUUGUGCUGGAUUAAUGUGAGGCAAAACUUUGGCCUUGGGACCAGAGAACUUCACGAUAAGGAAUAGAUUCCUUUUGUGUUCUUAUGCUCUCAAGUAUCCCUCUGACAGUGGUGUAUUAAACACUCAGGGCCCUUGGAGCGGAGGAGAUUGGUGGCACGGGGAAGGGGCUGGGGCUCAGCUUGGCAGGGGUAGGUCAUGGUGUUGAGAUGGGACUCAGGGUAGAGCAACCCCCAAGAUUGGCCUGGGAAGGGCAUCCUCCAGUCAGGGCACAAGGUGCCUGCUGAGUCAGCAGUCUCUUGGUCUUUGCCACCUGACCCCUUCAAGGUGUGUGACUCUGAGCCCCAUUCCGGGAUACUGCAGGGUUGUAAAGGGCAGGGGUCCAGGGCCCAGCAUCUGAGAGCCUGGACCCCUCUACUCCCCAGGGGGGUGAGCAGGGUUCUGUGGUUUGGACAAGGCCUUGGAUUACCCUGGGUUCCAAGUGAUGCCAGUAACAUGCCCAAUUCCACAAUGCCCAGAAUUCCCUUUGCUAAGAGGCACAGGCCAACUCCAUCAGCACGGCAACCAGCUCAGAUACUCCCCACCUUGCAUGGGCAACUAUCAUGACGAGGGCUCUGUGAGACUUGAGCUAUAUAUAGCCUUGAUGUCUUGGAUCCAGCAGAAUCAGGGAUUAUUUGAACCAGAGGGUUCCUUGCCACUUUCUUGUCCAGUUCCCUCGUUUUACAGAUGAGGGCCCAAAGCCCAGAGGGUGACAGUGACUUGUUUUCACAAGGUCAGGAUUGAUUGGGAACUGGAAUGCAAAGCCUCCUGAGCCCUUGCUCCUGGCUGCCUGGGGAAGGCAGGAAGGGGAGUCUCUCCCAAUUUAAAUCUGUAAUAACGCCAUAACCUUUCAGAGCUGAUGAUUACCCGCGUCUUCCCAGGUCUUUCUGUGAAAGCGGCUUUCCCUGCUCACGCUCCUGAGCCCCCUCGGAACUUGGCAAUUUGUCAGGCUGUGGGCAACAUCUAGCAGCCCCGCCACCUUGCCAUGUGCUGGGCACCCUCCCCACGCAGGUCAGGAUUCAGAUUAACCAGGCCUCCUCCCCGCGGUGGUGGUUGGUGGUAGUGGUGGUGAUUGC